CGCCACCGCCGCCACCGCCGCCACCGCCGCCACCGCCGCCGGCGGCAGGGAUCUGGGGGCUCCCGGCCCCGCCGCGAGGAGCGCGAGGCGGAGGCGGAGGGAGGAAGAAAGCCUGCGCGCAAGCCGGGCCGGGGGACCGCAGGGGUCCCCCAGGCUCCCGCCCGCCAGCCGAGGUGCUCACGCCUCACUGACUCUACAGGCAGGUGGCUUUUCUUUGGGUUUAAGGACGAGAAGCAUGUCCCCGGGUCAGUAGAGAUGAUUUGCAGUGCAGCCCGGCUGAAGCUGACCGAAUGAGACUAUGGGCUGUGCCUCCGCCAAGCAUGUUGCCACUGUUCAAAAUGAAGAGGAAGCUCAGAAAGGGAAGAACUACCAGAAUGGAGAUGUGUUUGGUGAUGAAUAUAGAAUCAAACCAGUGGAAGAGGUCAAGUACAUGAAAAAUGGGGCAGAAGACGAGCAGAAAAUAGCAGCCAGGAACCAGGAAAACUUGGAAAAAAGUGCCAGUUCAAAUGUAAGACUGAAAACUAAUAAAGAAGUUCCGGGAUUGGUUCAUCAACCCAGAGCAAACAUGCACAUCUCAGAGAGCCAACAAGAAUUCUUCAGGAUGCUGGAUGAAAAGAUUGAAAAGGGUCGAGAUUACUGUUCGGAAGAAGAGGAUAUCACAUAGCACCAAGUCUACCACUCAAACCCGGAGCUACUACUGUGUAAAUAGAUGACACCCCAGUUGAAAUCUUUGCCAAGGUCGGUUCUCGUCAACGAACAGCACUGUCACAGAAAGAAGAUCGUUUCAUAGUGUAUGCCCCAUUCAAUUACAGUGUUUCUUAAUGAACUUGCAAAGGAAUAAUGCUAGAAACAAACAACAAACCGUUCUCGAACUUUUUUUGUUGCUGCUACAUAAAACUCGUUGCGACUUUUCAAUUCUCUUGUGCCCCGGUAUGCAGCAGAAGCCUGCGGUCUCACCUGAAAGAUACUGUUGGUUUUACAGAACUUAUUUUCGAUAAGAUAAGGUAGUGGUGAACUCAGAUAUCAGACUUCCAUUCUAGACUGGUUCCACUUCUAAGACCACCCUCCCUGCUUCCCUCCUCCCUCUGUCCCCUGAGCAUCCAGAGCCUGGCUUCUCACUGGCCAGGCUGAGCUUUGCAGAGGGGACGGCUGCCUGGCGAGUCUUGUUUCUCUACUGAGAAGACAGAGAGAAGCUCUUGUCCACACCAGGCCUGCUGUCACCUGACUCCUGGAAGUGACACAGGCCUGGGCAGCAGGUGGCUUCCCCUCAUAGGUCUCUUAAUGAAGAUUGAGCUUGCAACUUUGGCUUUUGCUCAGAUGCAAAUGGAAGUGUGAUCACAAUCAUUGCCCUACUUUUUUUUUUUCUAAGGAAAUAAACAUUUUACUGUUUUUAUGUAUCCUUGUCUUCUCCCAUUCAUCCAGUUCAGUGUCUAACCAUGAGCCUGGGUGUGGAAGAGAAGCCCUCCUCCCAGAGGAUGACCAGGCCUUCCUCUAGUGAUCUCCCCAGCGUGAGCAGCGGCUGUGAGCUGUCAGAAGAGAUGAGAGGAAUCCUCCUGGCACUCAGGAGGGCCUCACCCCAGCCUGCUGCCUUUCCUUUCAUGAGCAAAUAAGCCAUCUCUCUCAGUCCUGGUGCCCUCUCCCCUCUCAGUGAUGCUGUUUGGAGAUGCAGAAGCCAAAGUCCCAGGUAGUGGUGGGGAAUGUCAGCUGUGGCUUUGGUAGAGUUUAUUUUUCCAUAUUAUUCUAUGAAGAGAAGCUUCUCUUCCUAGAGACAAAAAAAAAAAAAAGUAAUAUUUUUAACAAAUGUUGUCACAAGUAAAUAGCAACGAAUUUGUAUUUUUUUAAUGCGUCUGAUAGCUUUGACGAGUGUUCUCUUUGGGACUUCAGGGUGGGGAGAGUACCUUGUUUGGGGCCACACCGGCUGUCCAGGUUUUGGGGUGUCUCAUAAAGAUUCAGACGGGCUUUGUCAAUGUCUUGUGGGCUGUGGAGGUGAAGGGCCUGAGGACACACUGCAGUAGAGAGUUGACAAGUGCAGCUGCAUUCACAGCUCAGUUGCCUCCAAGGAUUCCGGGAAGGUGACUUCUCUUUGCUGAAAAAGAUGAGCCUUGAUGAUCAGAUCCAUUCAGGGCACUGGCAAACCCCUUGGUACUGGUGAAUUUCCUCACCUGUCUCCUUUCAGACCUGGAUUCCAUGGGGAAGGGACAGAAACUCUGUCAAGGGCUAUAGAAAAAUGUACUAAAAGGUUCCCAACAAAACUCUUCGUUCUUUCAGCCAGCAGCAGCUAUUUCAAAGGGCAGCUGUGAUUGUUACAUAAAUAGAGACUCAGCCAACAUGCAAGGCUUUUUAUCCUACUUCUAGCAGAAAAAUGCAGGCAGAGUCAAGUUGCCAUGGGUUCUUUAAGUUCCCUCUCAUUUGGGGGGGGGGGGAGGUAGGGGUCAAGGAACAAGGGUUAGAAAUAGCUUUCCUUCCCUUCUCUGUAAAGGAAGUGCUGAACCCCACCUCCAGCUUGGAGACUGUCUGUUGGGACGUGGGUGACACUGGCCUGGGAUUUCUUGUACUUAUUGGGUACAAAUGAAGACAACACUGGUAUCUUCCAUCUGACUUCCCAGAAAGCUCUACUCCUCCCACAAUGAAACAUGCUCAUCUCUCCUCCUAAUUGUCCCUCGGGUCACUGUGACCUAAUACCCAUGCACACACAGCAACAUGUCUUUUGGGAAGCUGCCUUUGGAGUGUUUAAUAAAACCAGGAAACCAGUGGCCUUUCACCUGUCCUUCCUCCAACCCUGUGUAUAAUGCUGGCCAGCGUUGGAGUGUGCAAGCAAGUUCCGUCCGCAAGCAUGAGGUAGAUCAGAGUAGUGGCUGAGCAGGUUGGCAUAAAUGUAUCAUGUGAACAACACUCAAAACUGUUUUCUGUUUGUUGGUUUUAACCAUAAAAUCAUCAAAUGAUUUGCAUUUGUAUUUUCCAUGCCUCCUGACAGAGUUGAAAGGGAAAAAAAAUGUAACUUGCUUGUUGUUCCCUUGUAUGUCUGCACAUUAAACAGAUUUAUUUCAGAUGCAAAGGAAAGAGCUGAGCUAGUGUUUUGCUAGGAGUGAUCUCUGAGGACUCAGAGAGAUGGAAGGAGGGAGAGAAGGAAAUGGUCUGGUGACUAGAGGUAGAAGAUGGUGGGGGGGUUAGGAUGGACAGAGAAAGAAACAAUAACAGAGAAGGCUGAUGGAAUCUUGUUGGAUGGUUGAAUGCAAGCAACAGUCCAGCUAUAGGGUGGGGCCUCAGUGCACAGGACUUAACAGCUGGACCGCCACAGCCUUCUGUGCUUCCAGCUGGGCCUGUCAAAAUGCAGUUGUGUGUGCAGCCUUGGGCCGGCCAGUGCUCAGGCUGGAGUUCCACUGUCAUAACCCAAGGCCACGCAUGUGAGUGACAGAGAACCUCCAAAAAGCUGAUUUCUCUUGACCCCAGGCUGGAGCUCAGAGGGAGUGUGGUUUAUUUCCUAAUAAUGAAAGUCCACAGCACAGAGAUGAGAAAACUAGGCCAGUCCUCAGAAACAGGCUGCUGGUCCACAGGUCUCUCAUCUGUAGAGCCUUGGGCCAAGGCAGACUUGAAUGACCCAGGUCAGAGGUGAACUGACAGAGGAGAACCCUGUGUUCCUUCCUUCUUUGCACUGGCACCAGCUGCCCUUCGAGUGUCAGGGCUGAAACUGCCACGUGUGCCUCCUGAGGGCCCUGGUACCAGGCUAUAUGCAGAUGUAUUCACUCUGGUUUGAGUUGUACUUCAAAUCCUUCCAAUCACAUCAACACUUAUUUCUUAGGACCAGACAUUCUCAUAGGCCUGUUAAAAGCAAGGCUUAUACAUACUCUUGGAAAUUUUGCCUCAAAAAAAAAAAAAACCUGUGGAGAAGGUAGUUCUAUUGACUGCACUCCUGCUUAGACUUUGGUAGGAUUCCCAGGAGCAUGGACUCUUUACCUCAGUUUGGGCUGAAAAGAUAGCACUAGAAGCACAAGACUUGCUUGUCUGAGGCCUUGGGUUUGAUCCCCGGAACCGCUAUAUUGCCAAAACUAGAUAGUACUCUGUUCUCUCUCAACCUCUCAUAAAAAUAGAUGGUUUUUUUCUUGUUUUUUUUUUAAUCUGCCUUUCACACUCUUUUCCCUCUGAAAGGCAUUUUCAGAACUUUAUUUCUUAGAGCCUCUCAGAAGUUAAAACUUUGGUUAAGUUGCUCAGCCCCCCAGUGGGAAAUAAGGCUGUUCAGGGUGAGGGAGUAUGUAUUGACUGAAGGACGUAAUGAAGAGGUGCUUUCCAGCAAGCUCUGUGGUUCUCAACAUCUCUGUGGUUUCUGGACUCCCUGAGUUUAUGUGAAGCUGGGAGGUCGUGGGCUUCCACACCACAAAAUCCCUGCAAAGAACCUUUGGAAUCUCAUGAAUGAGGUCUAUAAACUGCCUCUUCUGAUGAAUGGACCUAUUUUUGCAAAAAGGAGAAAGAAAGUAAAGAAAAAAAAAAAAGGCCUUGACUUGAGUUGCCUUUUGUAUGUCUCUGGAAAAGGGUCAGAACACAGUGGCAGAAAGUGAGGCUGUGGGUGGAAAAAUUUGCUUUUGUGACAAGCCUUGGGUUUCAGCUGGCAUUGCCACAUGUUUUUCAAGAGACUCUAGUACCUUGGCUGGAAUCAAAUCUAAUCUUGGGGAAAGAGGAAAGGAAACUGCCCAUUAUGAUCCUACUCACUGAGUGCCAGAGGUUGCUGGACUUUUAAUCAUUGUCUUGUGCCGCACUCACUUCUUAAAGGAACUCUUUGUCUGUUCACCUCAUUGCAGCCAUGUCGGGGUGUGUCGUCUCUCCAGCAUCAUUGCCCAUGGUGAGGGAAAGAAAAAUGCCAUUAAAAUAGACCCCACCUUUUCUUUCUUUCUUUUUUUUUUUUUAUGAUCACUCUGCCCUUUGCAACACUGUGAAAACAACCCUUUGGGAGGACUUGCCUUCUACAACCCUCCUUUGGCUCAUCACCAGCUUGGUCUCCACAUGGGGAGUAUUGUACCUGGGCCUCCCAUGUCUGAUGAGCUCCACCAGCCAAGGGGACCACAAGACCCAGAAGGAAGUGCUUGUCCCAUCCCCUUGGACUCCUUUCCAUGUCUGGAGAAGAAAUAGGGAACAAUGUGGGUGAGUGCCAGUGAGCGCCAGACUUCCUCCCACAGGGGUUAUGUCCUCAUCUGUGGAUGAGGACAGUGAAGGGUGAAAGAAUCUGAUCUCCAAAGGGGAAAGAUGAUGGUUGGUGCCUGUCCUGCCCGCCCACACCCGAACUCUUGUGAGGCAUGGGCUUGAUAUAACUCUUAGAUCUUUGGACCCAAGACCUGACACUCAAGGUGAAUCUCUUUUGAGGCCUGACCCGUUUGGGAUGGUCAUGCGUGACUUGAGUUAUUAUUUAAAUCACCUGUUCCUAGGACAGCAGACACCUCCCCUCGCCCCAAUUUCUCUCUGCUUCUCUGGAGACAGCCCUGUCUCCACCGCAGCUAUUCCAGUGCUUGAGGGAGUCCACCCCUGCCCUCACUUAGCUUGAGAGAGUAGCUUUCUACUUGUAGAAAGGGGACACUCUGGGUUUCCUUUGCAAACUCGCCUGCCUCUUUCUAACCUGGCAGCUGUCAGAUUCCUUCCAGGUGAUGCAUGACACAACACUUGUCUCUUGGGAGCCAGAGAAAUUGCUUAAUUCAGAGAGAUUCAGCCCUGAGCUGAAGGCCCUAUGUUAAUUUUGUCUGCCCUCCCCUGAACUCUCUUCUGCCCUCCCCAGUGAUUAUUUUUAGCUCAAGACUUUGAACUUAACUGAGUAAGGAUUAGAGGCAGUACAAAGAGCACCGUGAACUCAGCCAGAGCUGCCUUAUGAAUCUUGAGAGCCCUGGAGGGCUUGGUUCUAGACCCAGAAACUGUGAAUCAGGCCCUGGGUUCCAGAUGUCAGCCCACAUCUUCGGGGACUAUGGCCUGCAACAGUCAAGGUGCAUUUCAGCACAGAUUUCAAGCCAGCAUUUGUGCUUGAAGCAAAAUGUAAGCUCAUCCCAGAAAAGCAUUUUUGUAUUUGUUUCCCUGGAACAGAACCAGACAAACCCCUUUUUAGGACUCUAAAUCUGGAUUUAUUUCUUUAAUACACACACAAACACAAACACACACACACACACACACACACACUACAUGGCAAACAGAAAUACAUCUACUUUACCACUCAAGGAAGUCCUAUAUUUGCCUUUCUGUAAUCUCAGAAGUCAUGUCUAAAGAAGUGUUAGUAUAAUUCCCAAGCAGGAAAUGCUUGUGUUAGUUCUGAGGCAAGUCUGCAUUGAACUUAAGUGGCUGACUUUUGAGUUCUACUGAAGCCAGGCCUUGUAUCCCUCACCCCCAACCCAGUGCCCUGCCUGCAACUCCUUUGAGCUUUGAGCCUCCAGCCUGGGCACUAGGGCUGCACCUUUCCACCAUCAGUAGGAACCGCAUCCCUGGGCUCAACCAGGACUGCCCACAACUCUUCCCAAAUUCUCCCCUGUUCCCCGUGGCCUUGAUGCUGCCAUUCUCUGCAACACGGGUUCCAACUGCAGCAUAUGCCUCUGGGGUGUUUGUGGGGGCAAAUCCAGAGGUAGCAACUUUAACAUGGUCCCCUGGGGAGCCAUAGACUUGUCCACCCAGCAGGCCAUGUCUGACACCCACCCUGAAGGUACCCAUCAUUGGGGCGGUGACGGGGCGGGGGUGGCCUGGGAAAGGGCCACUGCAGGGGUUCUGGGGUGCCUAUGGGAGUCUGCUAGCCUGAUUUUGGAAAUGGGAGUUUCCAAAUGAGAUGACAGCCCAGCCCCAGUUUGUCAGGGGAUGGUGCGAAGGGCCUUCCAGGUGGAGGACACCUCAGGAGCUGUCAGGGAUGGGGGAGGGAAGAGCAGUAGGUAGAGCUAAGGCAGUCCUGACCUCCCAGAGGGUCCCCACAUCCCUCAAGUAUGAGACACAAGGAAAGAUAGAGUCCCUGCCCUCUGAUGCUGAGGUCCCAAUGAGGUCUCCCAAAGAGAUAGGUGUGGGCCCCGUGCAUGUGCGCAGCUGCUGCUGGCAUGAUGUGGCCCAUGUGUCCCGCCCAUGCUCCUCUGAUUCCUGGGCUUACAGUUGUACCACUUUUGCUGUAGAGACAGACUGAGUUGACCUGGGUCAUCCUGACCUCGGGUCCAUCCCCCAACCUAAAAAUAUGUCCUAGGAGCCAGUGGUCUGGCGUCUGAGAUGAGAGUGCGCCCCAAGAUGAACCCCAGAUGGGGCAAGGGCCUCCCCCCACACCAGUGCCUCUCCCUGGGUGAGGUCACACCUGUCACCAAGCCCCACUAUAUGCACUGUACACCUGUGUCCUGACAGAGAAAGGAGAUGCUUAAUACAAAUAAGCCUUUUUUUUUUUUUUUAAAGCAGAGACAAAUCGUGCAAGUGGGAAAUACUCAACAGCCUUGACAGCAGUCCUUCAAAUCUCCCAUUCAGCACUCAGAGCACUGGUUUUAGCUUUGAUUUUUUUCACUUCCCCUCCUGGAGAUAUCACUAUGCAGCUUUAAAAGGAAAGGAGAAAGAACCCGGUGCAUGACAAUGCUAGCUGUGAGCCGGCAUGGUUCUAAAGCUAAAGAAAAGGCUCCGAGAGAUGGCAGCUGCCCUGAGACCUCAGAAGAAUCAGGCUGAAGGUAGUUUUCCUAUCAGAGAGACUGUCCAAAAGGGUCCUCACCAUUCCUUGCGGUGCCCUCUGCCAGACCUCCACAUCUGCCUGUUCCCCCCCCCCCCGCCAGGUGUAGCCUAGAAUAUCCAACAGCAGUGUAAGCCUUCUGCAGUCUUGGAAAGAGUUCAGCUCUGACAUCUGCCCCUGUGUGUGGCCAUGAAGUAUGAACAUUCGUGUCGUGGGGCACCCUCUCCCUGAUGACUGCUCUUGUCCAACCACCACCACCCCCCCCACUCAGUUCCUCACCACCACCAGGAGGAGGUGCCGGAGCUCUGCGAGUUGUGAAGCUGGGAACUUGCCCUCCUUGGUUUACCCAGGAGUAAGACCUCGGUCAGGUCUGCAGGGACUCUGGGAGUUGCUUUCCCGAGCAACCGCAAAGGUUCUUCAGGAGGGGAGACCUGGUCCCAGACACCCUCCUCCUUCAUGCUUUGCCUACACCUGGGUCCUGUAAGGCAUUAGGCACCUGUCAGCAGAAACCAGUUCUCCAUAAGUUCAAAGCAUCUGUCCUUACACUCCAGCGCCAACACAGUGGGCACAUAAAUAUAACUACAUAAUGCACUGAUAUACAUAUACAUAACACACACACACACACACACACACACACACACACACACACAUAUAUAUAUAUGGUACUAGGUUCUAGAAACUGAUGUUCUGGUGUUUUUCUCCAAACUCUUGGGCACAACCCACCUUGAUGGUUCCUUUCCCAAGUCAUUGUGCUGUCAUUCAUCCUAGGAGAUAAGCAGGUUGUCAGUCAGACCCCCAGGGGGGUUUCUAGCCUGGGAGAUGAACACUCAAGGGUCAUGGGUCAAAGUCAAUAUCAGUUCCCCCAAAGUCCACCCAGCAGAGCUACACCUCCCCUCCCCCAUGGCUGCAGGUGCUCAGAAGAGAAGGCACCUGCCCAGACCCAGUGAUGGGGAUUCCCUUCCCAUCACUGGACCUGCAGUAAAGGACAUUUGGCAGUCCCCCAGCUAUCCUGUCAUAAGAGGUCUUUGAACCCCCAAAGUGCCGCCACAAUGUUGCCCCACCCACAAAGUGACCAGUGGGGUCAGUUUGCCUGACUAUUCAUUUUGGUUUGAGCACCAAAUGUACCAAUGAUUCUGUUCCGUUUGGCAGAGGGUCUGAGAAAGUGUACAGGUCUAAUGAUACCUACAUAUUUAUACAUGUGUAUUUUUGUUUAUUGUUACAUUUUGACAUGGGACUUUCUAUUAAAUGAUUUUUAACAGUU